AUGGAGACACCGAAUGCCGUGCGUCUGGAACAACGCAAAAUGCUCCAUCAUACCUUGGUAAAGACCUUCCACAUUGUAACCUCCAUUGGAUACCUGUACAUGCACUACUACUGCGAAGUGUAUUUGGACGUUCCAUACAAACUAUACUCGCACAGGAUAUUUGGACGCUACAAGUACCUAACGCACUGGAACCUCACGAUUCAGACAGUGUUGUUACUACUGUGCUGCAUCGCCGACUUCGCACCGCCAGAAACUAGACGAUCCGUGAUAUUAAUUCGGGACCAUCUGUUCCUAUCUCUAGCGAUGCCUCUGUCACUGUUCGUAACGGUUUUCUUCUGGACCCUGUACCACGUCGACAGGGAUUUCGUGUUUCCUGACAUCGUGGCCAUGUACUAUCCGGUGUGGGUGAACCAUGCGUUGCAUUCGACCACGCUACCCAUUCUCCUGCUUGAAGCGUCGCUGCACCGUCACAGACAGCCGAAAAGAUCCGCUGGCUUCGCGACACUUAUGGCUGUAGUCGUUGCUUACAUCAGCCUCAUGGAGUACCUGGGUAUCGUACAUGACGUCUGGGUCUACCCUGUAUUGGAAGUCAUGGAGGCCCGCAUUUUCGUCCCCUUUGUGACAUUCAGCGCUGUGGUAGUCUUCGUCUUCUACAUCUGGGCGGAACGGAUCAAUAUUAUGUAUUGGCCGGACAAUAAUCAAGAAUGA